AUGUCUGUGUUCGAAGAUGAAAUCGUGGAAUCUCGCGAACGAAUAAGUGCAAUGUCUCUCAUAACUGGCACAAUGUUGGAAAUUCGUAAUUUACCAUCAGAAAGCUGGCAUACUCUAGCUGGACAGAUUGCUGUCGCGGCAUCAGCUAAAAUGUUUAAAAAGGCGGAUCAAGUUCGUACACUCUGCACCGUGGUAGCUUUGUAUUGGAAAGGAGAAACAUCUGAUUCCGAGGGGCCUAUGAAGAACGGUGACAAAGUUGUAGAGAUUCUGAAAAAAGCUGGGAAGGUGGGCAUCACAUGCAGCUUGACUAGCUUGCCAGCUUCAUCCUCUUGA